AUGGUGUGGGCUGCAGGCGGGGUGCUGAGACAGGGGGCAACGAUUCGUUGCAAAUACAUUGUUUGGGCAACGUUGACAAUGGUCGCCGCAGGUUCGCUACUGCCCCUGGACACGGAGCGCCUUCGAGCCACGGUUGGCGGAUUCGCUGUCAUGAAUUGCCAUCUCGACUUUCCUUUCGGCAAUGAGAUACCUUAUCAUCUGCAGUGGGAUAAAGAUGGCGAAACAAUAUUCUCGUGGUACAGUGGAGACGAGGCGCCACGUGUGGCCGACAGGUGGGGCGGACGCGUGCGGCGACUCGGCGACGGCCACAUGGGCCUCGGCCGCGGCUCCAUCAACGUGAGCGCGGUCCGGGAGACUGACGCAGGCCUCUACCGCUGCAGGGUCAUCUUCCCCAACCGCUCGCCGCCUGCACGCAACAAUGGGACCUUUUACUACCUCGACGUGGAUGGAGGGAACUUAAUCGUCACUCCUCCUAUGAAUGCCACGGUGUUGGAAUCAGAUCGUGCCGAGCUCGAGUGUAUGCCGAAGGAUCCUGAGUCUGCUGUGCAAUGGUACAAGGAGGGCGUCGCUCUCAAUGAACUGCCCGAGUUAGCGCAACGCUCAGAGCUCCCGACGAACGGUAGCUUAGUGAUUCGCCAAGCAGCCAGCACAGAUCUCGGCGAGUUCGAGUGUCGCGUGAGUUCACCCGAUGGGCAGCUGCAGAGCGCCAGUGCAUUCCUAGAUGUACAAUAUAAGGCUAAAGUAGUGUACUCACCGAAGGAGCGGUUCCUACCGUUCGGCAAGCCAGCGAGUCUGGACUGUCACUUUAGCGCCAAUCCGCCAUUAACUAAUCUCCGAUGGGAGAAAGACGGUUUCCUUUUCGACCCGUACAACGUGCCCGGCGUAUUCUACAGCAUGAACGGCAGUCUAUUGUUCAAUCGUGUAGACGAGUCGCACGAGGGCGUUUACUCGUGCACGCCGUACAACGCGCUGGGCUCGGAGGGCGCCUCGGCGGGGGUGCGCGUGCGCGUGCAGAAGGCGCCCGCGCUGCUGGUGCGCCCUCAGCCGCUGUACGUGGCGCGGCUCGGCGCCGCCCUCACGCUGCCAUGCGCCGCCUCGCACGCCCCCCACGGCCCCCGCCCCGCUCCCGCGCUUCGCUGGACAAGGAAAGAUGGCAGUGAACUACCGAUUGGGCGGUACUCCCUGGACGGCGGUAAUCUCACCAUCAGCGACAUAGCGGAGGAGGACCGUGGCGUUUACGUUUGCACCGCCACCAACGAGGCAGACGACGUCUCCGCAGAGGCUGAGCUACUCAUCGAGAAUGUUCCGCCGCGAGCGCCCUAUAAUCUCAGCGCAAUACCUACCGCCGAUUCUAUACAUGUGUCCUGGGUACCAGGUCACAAUGGGCUCGAGGUGGAUUACAACGUGUGGUAUCGGGAGCGGUCCGUUAGCGAGUGGCGCACCAUGAAGAUACUCACACGCGGUGUCACUGAUGCAACUUUGGUGGGGCUGAGCUCCGGCACGGAGUACGAGUUGCGAAUCUUGUCUCAGGAUCACAUUGGUGACGGCCUCUUUAGCAAGCCGAUAUUCGUUCGGACUCUUGAAGUGGAGGUGGGUGAGGAUGCUGCCACGGCGUCGGCGGCUGCCGCCACGGAGGGUGGAUCAACCUUGGACUUCGGCGAAGAGAUGGAGGUGACGAUUCGACUCAUCGACGAGGGGGCCCUAGUACGCUGGAGCCGACCUCCUCUCGACACCAGCCGAUGCACAGUGCGCUGGUAUCGCGGAGAGGCGCGCGAACCUAUCGCCACCGCGCACACGCAUCACGACUAUCUUCUGGUGAGCCAGGUGGAGGAGGGCGCGGAGUACGAGACGCGCGUGUGGUGCGCGAGCGGGGCGCGGGGCGGCGCCGCGGCGCGCGUGCCGCACUACUCGCGGCUGCGCGCGGCGGCGGCGGCCGCGGCGGGCGCGGCGCUGCUGCUGGGCGCGCUCGCGGCCGCGCUCUGGGCCGCGCGCCGCCGCCUGCGCGCCCGCGCCGCCAGGAGACUCGCGCGCCUCGAGAAGCGCGUGCGC